AUGAAAAGAGCUGCGCGUGGAAAAUCGACGACUGCUUCAAAAAAGCAGAAGACUGCGGCGGAUCCGGAGAAGGUAUUUUUCAUCGAUUUUUAUUCAAAACAGAUUUGAAAAAGGAGAUUUUCAGGAAUUCGAUGAUUUUUUCGAAAAUCUCUCGGGAAAUGAGGUGGAAUCGUUGAAAUUUGUUGGAAAUGGUGGAAAAUCCGAGUUACACGUCGGUUUGAAGAGCAAGAAACCUUGUGUUUUGAUUUUCGCGGAUUCGAAUGUGAAAUUGGAUCGAAAUGAUAAUUCAAAACCUGCGUUCUCAUAUUUCCCCAAGAGAAAACCAGCAACUUCAAAAGAUCUUCCAAUUUUAUCGAAAACCGAGGCUGGAAAAACUGAAAAGCAAAUGAUUUCCAAAUAUUUUCAAUCAAUCAUUGAAAAAUCGGCGGAUUUUUUGAAAACAAUUGAUAUUUCUUCGAAGAAUUUUCCAUUUUCCUCAACCAACAUCAAAAAUUGUAAAAACUUGGAAAUUCUCAAAGUUUAUCAAAAUGGCAGUAAUGUAAACUUGGGAGAUUGUGGAUUUUUGAGCGAAGAGACACUUUUCAAAAUCACUGGGAAAAUAUCAAUUCACGGUGUUUCUUUGGAUGGAGAACUUUUGGAUUUCGAAAAAAUGAAGGCGAAACGUGUAUCCUGCAAUCAAGUUACAGGAAGUGUUGGCGAUGUAAUUUCAAAUUAUUUGAACAAAUUUGAGGACAAUAAUAUUGAAAAUGUGAUUGAACAUGUUGAUUUGGAAAUGGUUGGAGAGGAAAGUGAGAGAGAUUCAGACGACGAAGAAGAUUAUGCAUAUCAAACAUAUUGCGAUAAAUUUGAGAAUAAAUUACACGAAGAUUUCGAAAAUCUUGUUGGUGGCUAUGAGACUGUCAGAAAACCGGUUCUGUAAGUUUUUAAGAGAAUUUUUCCUGAAAAUCUCCGAUUUUUCAGCACCGAAGAUGAGUGUUGCUUCGAAAUCGCCAACGAAACUCACCAAAUCGAAAUCAAUUGCGAGGGCAACAAUUUCAACAUGUCCAAGGUUGAAAGAGAGGAUUUCUAG